AACGCCAGAAAAAGGCAGAGAAAAGACAAACACAAAAUCAGCAUUAUGUAGCUCGAUUCUGCCUUAUCUCCACUCUCUCAACCUUAAAUAAUCCUGCCGUCCCCGAUUUCAGAUCCGAAACUUGUGUACACGGAGCGGUCUUGUGUUUUUUUUUUCUUUUCGUUUUUUUUUCUCUCUGUCUCUCUCAAGCGAUUGCAUUCUCCAGAGGUGGUACCUCCACAUAUUACAAUGUGACAGCCUCUACAUCAUUUUUUCCUCCAGAAUGAGAGAAUAUCGUGGAGCCUGGUAACACUGUAGCCAAUCGCACCCGGGUUUGGACCUCUUAUAUCAGGCGGAUCAUCCUCAACCGGGCAGCGGAUGCCUGAAUGGAGAUUGCAAGCCAUCCACCAAGAUUUCUACGUUUCCUAAAUUGGUGAAUUUGGGCAGAUAAAUGGAGUGUUGUGUUGGACUACAUGGCAUUAUGUUCCACGGGGGGUGUUUGACAUCGGAGCGACUGGCCAGAAUAAUACUCUGCAGUGUGAAUAUUUCAGCCUGUUGAUGAUGAACCGCUCAGGACUGGAGCAAAGUGUCGUGAGAACCGGUUUAUGGCCCGUGUCUUGAGCUGAAGUGGGUAACCAGAUUGUUAAAGAGAGAGAGAGAGAGAGAGAGAAAGAGGGAGAGAGAGAGAGAGGGAUCAUUUUUGAUGGCUCCGGGGUGGGGGAGGACGACUACAAAUGAAAGCUUGGACACAAAAAAUGGAUAAAACUAUUGCAUGAAGCUGGGGACUGCAUGGUGUGUAUGUGUGCGUAUGUGUGUGUGUGUGUGUGUGCGCGCGCGCGCGUGUGUGUGCGUGUGUGUGUAUGUGUUUUUAGGCCUACUUGAUAACAGUGAAGUUGAGGGAAAAAUGAGAAAAUGGUGAUGUGGUACGAAGAAGGCGAGAAGAGGAGCCAGAGUGAGGGAUAAUUCGUCCAUGGGGAUCUGAGCAGCCCAGCUGAAGAAUAACGGAAUCCAAGUUUUCGAGGAUAAUAGCUGCUUUGAUUAAAGAUCUCCAAUUAACUUCAUGUGAAAAACAGAGGGAGGAAAUCAGCUUCCUGGUCGGGGGGUGGGGGGGUGGGGAUAGAAAGAUAUAUUAUUCAUGCCUUGUGUUAGAGCAAUUGGAGAACCGGCUUUGCUGUGGCCUAGAUGAUAUAUAUAUGUAUAUGUAUUUAUAUAUUUAAGGGGGGAAAAAUGAAAGCUUAGAAGAGAGAGUGGACAUUAAAAAAAACAUACACAAAAAAGAGCGAAUGACACUUGGGUAGCGCUCAAAGUAAAGCAGUUGCGCAAAAAGAAAAAGGCUGAAGUGGGUUGAAGCAUGGGCUGUGCUUCAAGUAUUCAUAUCUCUGAUAGGGUGGUCUACCACAGUGGAAAAGAGUCCGAGGAUUCCCACUCACCCCAGCAGACUAAUACCACUCAGCAUCAAGGAAAUCCUGCCUCGGGACUACCCCUAAAACCCCCGAGCUGCAAGACCACAUUAACAGAGGUGCAAUUUGGACCAAUGAAGUUAUUUAAAGACCCACUUCAGGUACUUUUAGUUUUUGCCAAAGAGGACAGUCAGAGUAAUGGCUUCUGCUGGGCAUGUGAGAAGGCCAACUUCAGGUGCAGCAUGGCGCGAACACCAGAGUCGGCUCUUGAAUGCUUUUUGGAGAAGCAUCACGACCUCGUCAUCAUUGACCACAGACAUUCCAGACACUUUGACGCUGAAGCACUAUGCCGGUCGAUUAGAGCGGUCAACUCUUCAGAAAACACUGUGAUAGUCGCCGUUGUGAAGAGGCCAGACAGAGAGGAAGCCUCUGUGAUGCCCUUGAUCAAUGCCGGCUUUAAUAGGAGAUAUGUGGAGAAUGCCAAUAUGAUGGCCUGCUAUAAUGAGCUGCUACAGCUGGAGCAUGGAGAGGUGCGGGCGCAGUUCAAACUGAGGGCUGGAAAUGCUAUUUUCACAGCUCUAGAACAAAGCCAAGAGGCCAUAGAGAUCACUUCUGAAGAUCAAAUAAUUCAGUACGUGAAUCCUGCCUACGAGUCCAUUAUGGGCUACCAACAAGGCGAGCUAAUAGGGAAGGAAAUAAUAGAAGUGCCUAAAAGUGAGAAGAACAAGCCUGAUCUCCUUGAAACAAUAAACUCCUGCAUACGGAAAGGAAAGGAGUGGCAGGGGAUUUAUUAUGCCAAAAAGAAAAAUGGAGAUAGCAUACAGCAAAAUGUGAAGAUCACACCUGUAAUUGGACAGGGAGGAAAAAUCAGACACUAUGUGUCUAUCAACAGGCCUUUAAAUGAUAAUAAUAAGAGUGAAAAAUCCAGUGAACGUGUGCAGGCAGAGUCUCAAACAGACAUCCAAUCCAGUAAGCACAAAGACCGGAGGAAAGGCUCUCUGGACGUCAGAUCCACAACAUCUCGGGGGAGCGAUGGGAGCUCACAGCGAAGGCACUCCUCAAUGGCCCGAAUCCACUCCAUGACUAUAGAAGCUCCCAUCACCAAGGUGAUCAACAUCAUCAAUGCAGCGCAGGAAAGCAGCCCUAUGCCCGUGGCAGAGGCCUUGGAUCGGGUACUGGAGAUCCUGAGGACAACUGAGCUCUACUCCCCACAGCUGGGCACCAAGGAUGAAGACCCUCACACGAAUGACCUUGUUGGGGGGUUGAUGACGGAUGGUUUGCGCAGAUUGUCAGGAAAUGAAUACCUCUUUUCCACAAAACAGCCCCAUCAUAUCCCCAGUCACCUGACAACUCCUCUGUCAAUAAAUGACAUCCCCCCUCGUAUCGCCCAGACCAUGGAGAACGAGGACUCUUGGGACUUUGACAUCUUCAACUUGGAGGCUGCAACCAUGAAACGACCUUUGACCUACUUGGGCCUGAAGAUCUUCUCUCGCUUUGGGGUCUGCGAGUUCCUCAACUGCCCUGAGGCCACUUUGCGCUCCUGGCUGCAAGUAAUUGAAGCCAACUACCACUCCAGUAACUCCUACCACAACUCUUCACAUGCAGCUGAUGUCCUCCACGCAACUGCAUAUUUUCUCUGCAAGGAAAGGGUCAAGCAAAGUUUGGAUCCCAUUGACGAGGUGGCUGCCCUGAUAGCCGCCACUGUGCAUGAUGUGGACCACCCAGGCCGCACCAACAGCUUCCUGUGCAACGCAGGAAGCGAGCUGGCCAUUCUCUACAAUGACACAGCUGUGCUAGAAAGCCACCACGCAGCACUGGCCUUCCAGAUCUCCACCAGAGACGAUAAAUGCAACAUCUUCAAGAACAUUGAAAGGAAUGAAUAUCGAACACUACGUCAGGCCAUCAUUGAUAUGGUGCUCGCCACUGAGAUGACCAAACAUUUUGAACACGUCAACAAAUUUGUCAACAGCAUCAACAAGCCGCUGGCUGCACUGGAGGAGAAUGGGGGAAACAGUGACGAGGAAUCUGUCAAAAGCGUUUUGACUUCCCCCGAGAAUCGCAUCCUUGUGAAGCGGAUGCUGAUUAAGUGUGCAGACAUCUCCAAUCCAUGCAGGCCUCAGGAGCUCUGUAUAGAAUGGGCCGGACGCAUCUCAGAGGAGUAUUUUGCACAGACGGACGAGGAGAAGAGACAAUGUCUACCGGUGGUCAUGCCUGUGUUUGACAGAAACACAUGUAGCAUCCCAAAGUCCCAGAUUUCCUUCAUAGACUACUUCAUUACAGACAUGUUUGAUGCAUGGGAUGCUUUUGCAGACCUCCCCAAUCUUAUGCAGCACUUGGACAACAACUUCAAGUACUGGAAAGGCCUAGACGACAGGAAGCUGCACAGCCUGCGACCGCCUCCAGAGUAGGCGCUGCAGUGUUCGGCCCUGGGACUCAGCGGUCCGGGGCAGGCCUCCUCUCUCCUGCUGGGGCGUCUCUCUCCCUGCCAGCCCAGCAAGCCAAAGGGCCUCCUCGCCUUCACUCUCCUGCUUCCGUAGCACGCCGAGCAUCCACAUGUCCGUCCAUACAGAAAACACAGAAGUUGACUUUCUGACAGGCAGUUGCAGCAGCAACAUUGCUGGCUUUACAACCCUGUCCAAUGAGAACUGUUACAAACAGACAUGGACACACAGCACUCUUAUGAACUUCUCGUGCCUCUCAGGCAUUAGCAGUGUAGCUGGUCAAGUGACAUGACUGAGAGAGGGUCCUUAGAGGCCUCCUGGCUAAGCAUCCGUCCCUUAUUUACCACGUGGGCCCUUCUGUCUGCUUGUGAAGCUGACAUUGCUGUUUGAGUAAAAACUGCUUGUUUACUGAAGGAGCGAGCAACACUGGAGGAGUGGAUGGAAGUGAGGUCUGGAUAUGAAGGUGUUCAAUCCACAUCAGGCCAUAUAAUCACCUUUGAGCUCCAUCCCCGUGCUCACAGCAAGGCAGGACUGCUCUUUUUGCCUCUGGAGGCCGCACCAGAAAAGAACACUCCACUGCGUUUUUUUUGUUGUUGUUUUUUUUGGCAAUAUUUUCAUGUGUCUUUCAGAAACACAUCCAAGUUGACACAUAGCUGUCAUAAAAGACAUGUGGGAGGGGAUGCUUUCCUUUUGGGUCAGGGAGCGGGUCUUUAUUUUAGGCCACUGCUGAGAGACAAAAACCUCAACAUCAUGAUCAUAGGUAACUAAUUACAGAUGAUUUGGUAUGUUAUUUUUUCUUAGAUGUUCCAUAUUUUCUAUAUUAAAAUUCAUAAAUGAAUUAGUUAAUAAAUAAGAACAAAAUGAAUUUUAAAAGAGAGAGAAAAGCCAAAGCUGAUGAAGACAAAUACUACUAUAACUCUCAAAAAAUUCACAAUUAUUAUUCAUAUGAAGCAUUACCAUAUUAAACAUUUUUAUUUUCUUAUCAAAAGUACAGUACCAGUUAGAAUGAACACUUUUGUAUUGCACUGUAAACAAUAUAAGAAAUGUCUACGUCUCAGUGAUUUGUCCAGGGAUGGGAUGUUGCAUUGGAGAAUAAGCUGUUAUUGUUGAUCAUCAGGAGUUUGUGUGUGUGUGUGUAUGUGUGGGUGUGUUUGGGCUGUAGGUGUGGGUGCGUGGGUGUAUUCAUUGUUGCAACAAUCCCUUACUCUUGGUUUAAUGCUGUAAACCGCUUGACAUUUGACAACAGCAGAAAUAUGUGAAAACAUUUUGGACUUGAAAAUUUUUUCUCCCAGAAAUUUUUGUAUCUGGUUUAUCCUACUGAAAAGACUGCCUUAUUUUAUACAAUAUUUAUACAGUACAUCCCACUGUGCAACUGCAACGGACAUCUGGAGUUUUUAUUAUAACAUAGUCAGAAGGUUAUGUUCAAGUAAAUCUCAAUAUUUUUAUAGACAAUGAAUUUUACACUGGAUUUGCAGCAAAUGAGAUCAACCAUUAUAGCUAUCUGAAUACCUGUGAAUUGGAUGGUCACACAGAGCAUGUAUACAGAGAACUAAAUGGUUAAGAAGGAUGUGGAUCGCAGAGUUGUCUAUCACUGUCUUUAAGCAGUCUCCUAGAGGCCAGCUUGCAUUGAUUUUGAUUCAAACAUCAUUCUAUUUUGGCCACUUGUCCAACAUCCUUAUGCACAGACCCAGGGAACAGCGUUUUGUUCAAGGUUGGUUUCAGAUUAGGAUACUAAUAUAUGUCAAAGAUUGUUGCUUAUUAAGAAUAUUUCCUCUUUAAACAGUAUAUAAAUGCCAUAACAGCUAAGCAAAUGGUGGUUAAUAAGAUGUAUUGACCAUGGUUAUCUUUGUUUCUCUCUUAUGACAGAAUUGUACACUCAAUCAGGGGAUUUGUUUCUUCCUUCUGAUUCACAUCUUGGUCUGAAGGCACGGAAAAAAAAUAGAAACUAUUCAAUGAAAAAUAAAAUAAUGUCAAUUAU